AUGCGCAACGACAGGAGAGGAGAUCGACUGGCAGACCUGGCAGCCAGCCUCUAUCUUCUCGUCGCAAACUCAGGAACCAUCCCUACCUACCGAAGAUGCAACGCCGAGUCGAUAAUAGACGUAACCUUCCACCGCACCCGACCACCCUUUGUCCUGCGCGGCUGGAAAGUGCUGGAGGAAGCGGAAUCGGCCAGUGAUCACAAUUACCUGCAGUUUCGGCUCGACAAGGACGUCGCAAUCGAGGAGAACCCGGAACGACUCAGGGGCUGGUCGUACAGGCGGUUGAAUUCCGACGCCUUAGCGGCACACCUGGCCACAGCACCCCUGCCCCGUGCAGACGAGCACACUUCGACCGACGAAGCUGCCCAACAACUCACGGAGUACUUGGCGUCCGCAUGCGACGCCUGCAUGCCACCGAGGAGAAAUCCUGCGUCCGGCAGGCGCCAAGUCCACUGGUGGAAUGCGGGGAUCAAAACGCUCCACGAAGAUUGCGCCAAGCUGAGGAGGAAAUAUCAGAGGGCGUGUCGGAGACACGAAACACCCGACCUAAUCAAACUCUCCCGAGCCGCUCACGCAGGGAAAAGGAAAGAUCUCCGGAACGCCGUCAGAACAUCUCAGGAGAAGAGCUGGUCUGAACUAUGCGCUGCGGUCGACUCCGAUCCUUGGGGUCUCCCGUACAAAGUCGUCACCAAACGCAUCGGCAGCCGACGCUCGGGCAUAGAAGCCAGAGGCAGGGAAUCCGAGAUCGCGGAUCAUCUGUUCCCUAACCCUCCACAGAUCGACUGGUCGCUCGAACCUCCCCCUCUGGAGCAAGACGACGACGGUCCCCCUGCGCUGGAGUGGACACUAGAGGAACUCCGGGACGCGUCCACCAGACUUCCACCCUGCAAGGCGCCCGGACCGGACGGUAUUCCUAACGAAUUUCUUGCGAAAGUAGCAGUCCUCAGGCCCCUCUCACUACUGAAAACCUACAACAGCUGCCUCGCCCACAGCACAUUCCCGUCGUGA